CCCCGGGCCCGGCAGCGGGACCCGCGCCCCGCGAUGGCUCGGCUGCCGCUGCGCGGCGCCGGGUGUCCGCUCUCCGCCCGCUGAGACGCGCCCGGCUGGUGACCGGCCGGGCCUUGGCGCUCCCCACCGCGCCCUUCCCCCUUCUGGGAGCUGCGCUGCUGUUUCCCGGGGGCGAGGGGACGCGGGCCGAGACAAAGCCCACUUUGUGCGGGGAGUUGGCCGCGGGCGUGGAAUGAGCGCUUCGGCGCGCGCCCCCUCCCCGCGCCCCGCCAGCUGCGAGUCUUGGCUCCCGGGCUCGUCGCGUUGAAGAAAUCGCGCCCCCUCGCCACCCUCAGGUCCGGGGGUCCCGGCUCCGAGCUGAUGCGGCCGGGAGUCGCCUCGGUACCCCCCGGAGCGCACGGUGCCGUGAGCGUGCGGUAUUUUGGAGAGGAAAUUGUUCUCUCCGAAACUAGGACUUGGGGCGCCCGGUCGGCCGGGGCAUCGGUGCCUUGACCCUCUGUGGCCGCCGGUCGGAGCUGUCUGGCCUCAGUUUCCCUCCGACUUUUCUCCUCUCCGCAAGCCCAGACUGCUGCCGUCAUUGUUCUCGCUGUCAAAUGGGGGAGCUUUGUGAAUGCUGCCAAUUUGGGGUGUGUUCUCUUUAUCCCGUUUCACAAAAAGAACAAAGCCUCUAAGGCUGACCCCGGACAACCACCUCUCUACCCCCUACUUCACGUUGAGGCACUGAUUUAUUUUUUUUUUCUUUAUCGAGUAGUAUUUUAUUGUACAGGAGCCACGCCCUGGUUUCUUAAAGGCGCUUCGUACUCUGGCCAUGUGUUCUCUCUGCAGCUGGUGUGUGGGAGGUCUCCUGUGAGCCACCUAUUUUUUCCUGCCUCCUGAUAUAUACUCCCACCCCACCCCCCACCCCCCGUCAAGGAUUCGGGGAUGCCAGGGGGGAAGAAGGUGGCCGGGGGUGGUAGCAGCGGUGCUGCCCCCACUGCCGCUGCCGCCCCCUCUGGUGUCAGACGUCUGGAGACAAGCGAAGGGGCCUCAGCCCAGAGAGACGAUGAGCCAGAAGAGGAAGGGGAAGAGGACCUGCGAGAUGGAGGCAUCCCCUUCUUUGUCAACCGGGGUGGGCUGCCUGUGGACGAAGCCACCUGGGAAAGGAUGUGGAAGCACGUGGCCAAGAUCCACCCCGAGGGAGAGAAAGUGGCCCAGCGGAUCCGUGGGGCCACAGACCUGCCCAAGAUUCCCAUACCGAGUGUGCCUACGUUCCAGCCGUCUACGCCUGUCCCUGAGCGCCUGGAAGCCGUGCAGCGCUACAUCAGGGAGCUGCACAGGUACAAUCACACAGGGACACAGUUCUUUGAAAUUAAGAAGAGCAGACCUCUGACAGGGCUGAUGGACCUGGCCAAGGAAAUGACCAAAGAGGCCCUGCCAAUCAAAUGCCUGGAAGCCGUGAUCCUGGGAAUUUACCUCACCAACAGCAUGCCCACCCUGGAGCGCUUCCCCAUCAGCUUCAAGACCUACUUCUCAGGGAACUACUUCCGCCACAUCGUGCUGGGGGUGAACUGCGGCGGCCGCUACGGGGCGCUGGGCAUGAGCCGGCGCGAGGACCUGAUGUACAAGCCGCCCGCCUUCCGCACGCUCAGCGAGCUCGUGCUCGACUACGAGGCCGCCUACGGCCGCUGCUGGCACGUGCUGAAGAAGGUGAAGCUGGGCCAGUGCGUGUCCCACGACCCGCACAGCGUGGAGCAGAUCGAGUGGAAGCACUCGGUGCUGGACGUGGAGAGGCUGGGCCGCGAGGACUUCCGCAAGGAGCUGGAGCGCCACGCCCGCGACAUGCGGCUCAAGAUUGGCAAAGGGACGGGCCCUCCCUCCCCCACCAAGGACCGGAAGAAGGACGUUUCCUCCCCACAGCGGGGCCAGUCCAGCCCCCACCGCAGGAACAGCCGCAGCGAAAGGCGGCCAUCGGGUGAGAAGAAGCCUUCUGAGCCCAAAGCCAUGCCAGACCUCAAUGGGUACCAGAUUCGCGUGUGAGGACUGUGGCAGUACCCCAGCCUCGCCACUUCUGGGGACCAGGAUCCAUCUGCCAGACCCAGCCUCGUUUGUGGGGAGGGAGGGGCUGGUGAUGGGGGGGCAGGGCAAGAGGCAGCAGGAAGAGCCUGUCUUCAGCUCAGCCACCCAAGCUGCUGCCCCUCCCCCUGGGCCAAGACUCCUAACUUUGGGCCAAGAAGCAGUUAGUAUUUUAUUUGGAGUUUUUAACCUGA